AUGCUUGGUAAAUCAUCUGGUUUCACAGCGUUGAUAAAGAAGGAAAUUCCCGAUAUCAUAAUCACUCAUUGUUUUCUUCAUCGGCACGCUUUGGCAUCAAAAACUCUACCAACCAAUUUCAAAGAAGUUAUGACGACUGCAGUCAAAGUUGUAAAUUUCAUCAGAGCUAGAGCCUUACAUCACCGACUUUUCAAAGUUUUAUGUCAAGAAAUGGGAUCUGAACACGAAGUUCUUCUUUAUUACACAGAAGUGCGUUGGCUUUCCAGAGGACAAGUUAUGAAACAAAGGCAAAGUUCACUCUCAAAAUAUUUUGAUAGUAUUGAGUUCGUUCAUGGAUUGGCCUAUUUAACAGACAUUUUUAGUCAUUUGAACGAAGUAAAUAUAUCGAUUCAAGGAAAAGAAGUAACAAUUAUGGACGUGCCCGAAAAAAUAAACGCAUUUGUUAGUAAAAUUUCCCUGUGGAAAAGAAGACUUCAAUCGGAAAAUUUACCGAACUUUCCAACAAUUGAACAGGAGCUAUCAAAAAAUAAUAUUGCUUUAUCCAGUUCCAUGAAAGCGCAAAUUUGUGAACAUCUUGAUGUGCUCGAAAAUUCAUUUGGCAAUUAUUUCGAUUUUACAUUUUCGAAAUCAGAAAUAUGGUUACGCAAUCCUUUUCUCGUGGACUUAAAUACAAUUGAUGAUUCAGAUCUCGUUAAAGAUGAACUAAAUGAUUUAAGAUCAAAAGAAAUGGCACGCCACGACUUUCAAACAAAAAAUCUAAUCGAAUUUUGGUGUUCGUUGACGAUGGCUUAUCCACGAGCUGUAUCCACGGCAAUGAAAUUUUUGAUUCCAUUCGCUACUACCUAUCUUUGUGAGUCUGGAUUUUCCACAAUGGUCACAAUUAAAACUAAAUCAAGAAAUCGAUUGGACAUUAAGGACGAUAUGCGCGUUGCUCUGUCCAAUACGGUCCCAGAUUUCAAGGCAAUAUUGCAAUCAAAACAACAACAAAUGUCACAUUAG